UCGGUCUUCAAAAGUCACCCCCCACUAAACCAUUUCUUACCAAACCAUAAUUCACACACACCCCCACAUACACAAAAGAAAAAAAAAACUUCUCCUUCCUCUUUGAAAUUACAUUACUCUUCCUCAAAACUCCCAAAAAGUCUUCUUCCUCUUUUUCUCUCCUCUUUCAUCAAUGGAACCUCCUCAUUCUCUUCUCCCUUCCCCCACCUCCAGCACCUCCAGCAACACCAACAACAACACCAACACCAACAACACCAACAACACCAACAACACCAUCAACAACACCAACAAUGUUAUCAAACAACACCAACAACAACAUCCACAAUCUCCCUUAACCAGAUCCGAAACUAACCCAUACCCAACCACCUUCGUUCAAGCCGACACUUCUUCCUUCAAACAAGUCGUCCAAAUGUUAACCGGAUCUUCCACCAAACCCACUUCUCCUAACCCUAUUCCACCCAUUAAAACUCCUACCAAAUCUAAACUCUAUGAACGUCGCAGCACCACUCUCAAAAACCUCCGCCUCACCAACAACAACAACAUCAACAACAACAUGAACAACAACAACAACAACAACAACAACACUCCUAAAAAUGCAACAGAGAUUCUCUCACCAUCAAUCCUAGAUUUCCCAUCUUUAGCACUUUCACCUGUAACACCACUUAUACGUGACCCAUUCAAUCGAUCACCACCAAACGACGUCGUUGUUGAUCAUUUUGCUGAACAAAAAGCUAUUGCUGAAAAAGGUUUCUUUUUACACCCUUCUCCUGUUACUACUCCUCGUGAUUCUCAACCUCGAUUGUUGCCUCUUUUCCCUGUUUUAUCUCCUCGUUUUUCUUCACCUUCUAAUCUCAGUUCUUGAUUUUUUUUCUUCUUUUUAUGUAAUAAUUUUAAAUAUAUACUAGUAUAUAUAAAACUUAGUUUUAUUGGAGUAUUAAUUAUACUCUUUUGCUACUAAUCAUUUCUAUCUCUAUUGAAAAAAAAAAAAAUCAUGUAAUGAGCCUUAUGUUACAGAGGAAAAAAAAUUGAGAAAAAAGGGUGUUACUGUUCACACAUUUUUAAUA